UCAUGCAAGUUGAUGAAAUUAAACAUAAUAAAGAGAAGUUUAUUUUUGCUGAAAGCUGAAAGUAAACAAAUUCAAAAAUUUCUUAAUAUGGAGAUCGAUGAGGAAGCGAUCAAUAUUUUGGAAACAAAGAUUAAAAAUGAUAAGAACAUCGUAAGAUAUAAUUUUGUGUGGCAGAUCCAUAACUUUACAAAAGAAAACGUCGACAGCAUUCAAGAGAAAAAAAGUUUAGGAAGCAAACAUUUUGACAUUUUGCUUGGAGAUAAUUUAACGAAAUGGGAGUGUAAUGCCAUGAUCAAUCACUCAAGAUUGGUUUUCUACUUGCAUAAGGAGAAAUCUGUCGAAAAUUUUUUUAAUGUUCAAGUUCAUUGCUACAUUCCAUCCAAAAAUCCAACUGACGAUGAUAUUUUUGUAUUUUAUCGUGACGAAUCAACGUCUGGAGAUUUGUUUGAGAGAAGUGAUCGAGAAAAAAAUGUUGUGGCUUGGCUGCUUUUAUCUCAAGUUUUGAGAGAUCCAACGAAUUUUAUUCAGGAUAACAUCCUUACAAUAUGCUUACAAAUUAAAUUAUUCGGAUAUGGCUAUGAGGACGAAGACAUUGAAAGGAAAUACAAAGAAACCAUUUGCUCAAAUUUCAAGGAACUUUACUACUCUGGUGAUUUUAGUGACUUUACUAUCAUUUGUGCUGAUGGCGUUAGAUUUCCUGUUCAUCGCUGUAUUAUGUUUGCCUAUUCACCAGUAUUUAAGGCCAUGCUGCAAACAAACAUGAUUGAGUCAAAAAAUAACGUUAUGAAGUCAAUGACAUUGAUGGACAUGAUAUGAAUGGAAUACUGCAUUUUAUUUACACACAGGAAAUCGAGAACAUUUCUGAAAACCUUCAAGGCUUAAUGUAUGGUGCUGAAAAGUAUCAACUUUUGGAAUUAAAAGAGCGAUGCAUUAACUAUAUGGAUACAUUUAUAAGCCGUGAUAAUGCAAUACAGUUUUAUAAGAUUUGUUGUUUGUAUGACAUAAAACGGAUGGUUCCGUUGUGCAUCAAGUAUAUCUAUACCUUUUACAAGGAAUUAAAGGCGACAGAUGAAUGGAAAGACUUAAACAUUUUCGAAUUAAACUACAUCGAGGAAGCUUUAAGAGAUUAUGAUGUUCGAUUUAAUGUUGUAAAAUCACAAUUGUAAUGAAAUUUAUAAUAAAAUUACAUGAAAUCAGG